AUGUCUCUGGCCAACAAGCUCUCCAUUGAGGAUGUCGACCUCAAGGGCAAGCGCGUCCUGAUCCGAGUCGACUUCAAUGUGCCCCUUGACGCCGACAAGAAGGUCACCAACAACCAGCGUAUCGCUGGUGCCAUCCCCACCAUCAAAUAUGCCGUCGACCAUGGUGCCAAGGCCGUCAUUCUCAUGUCCCAUCUCGGCCGCCCCAACGGCAGCCCCAACCCCAAGUACAGCUUGAAGCCUGUGGUUCCUGAGCUGGAGAAGCUCCUGGGCAAAUCAGUCACCUUCGCUCCGGAGUCUGUUGGCCCCGAGGUCGAGGAGAUUGUCAACAAGCAAGACAACGGUGGUGUCGUCCUUCUCGAGAAUUUGCGUUUCCAUAUUGAGGAGGAGGGAAGUGCAAAGGACAAGGACGGCAACAAGACCAAGGCGGACAAGGAGAAGGUUGCUGAGUUCAGGAAGGGCCUGACCAAGCUCGGUGAUGUCUACAUCAACGAUGCCUUCGGCACUGCUCACCGUGCUCACUCUUCCAUGGUUGGUGUUGACCUGCCGCAGAAGGCUGCUGGUUUCUUGAUGAAGAAGGAGCUCGACUACUUCGCCAAGGCUCUCGAGAACCCUCAGCGACCCUUCCUCGCCAUCCUCGGUGGCGCCAAGGUCUCUGACAAGAUCCAGCUGAUCGACAACCUGCUCGACAAGGUCAACACCCUUGUCAUCUGCGGUGGUAUGGCCUUUACCUUCAAGAAGACCCUGUACAAUGUCUCAAUCGGCACUUCGCUGUUCGACGAGGCUGGCUCCAAGACCGUGGCUAAGCUGAUCGAGAAGGCCAAGGCGAACAACGUCAAGGUCGUCCUCCCGGUCGACUACAUCACUGCCGACAAGUUCGACAAGGAUGCCAACACCGGCAAGGCCACCGAUGCCGAGGGUAUCCCUGACGGCUGGAUGGGUCUUGACUGCGGCGAGGAAAGCAUCAAACUCUACAAGGAGGCUAUUGCCGAUGCCAAGACAAUCCUCUGGAACGGCCCAGCUGGUGUCUUCGAGUUCGAAAAGUUUGCCAACGGUACCAAGGCCACCUUGGACGCUGCUGUCGACGCUGCCCAGAGCGGCAAGAUUGUCAUCAUCGGUGGUGGCGACACGGCCACCGUUGCGGCCAAGUAUGGUGUUGAGAGCAAGCUCAGCCACGUCUCCACCGGCGGUGGUGCCAGCUUGGAGCUGCUGGAGGGCAAGGAGCUGCCGGGUGUUACUGCUUUGUCCAGUAAGUAA